GCUGUACCGCAAAGGGAACGCUAUCCGAGGCUGCAGCGGACCCGCUGAGGGGGUGGCGGCGGCGGCGGCGACAGGGCUGCGGGGCCUUGCGCAGACGGCGUGGGGCGUCUCAGUGCGGCGGUCGGCAGCGCUCCGGGCGGUGGGCUCGCCAUGUCGGUCAGUGUCCACGAGACCCGCAAGUCGCGGGGCAGCACAGGCUCCAUGAACAUCACGCUCUUCCACAAGGCCUCGCACCCCGACUGUGUGCUGGCCCACCUCAACACGUUGCGCAAGCACUGCAUGUUCACCGACGUCACCCUCUGGGCCGGCGACCAUGCCUUCCCCUGCCACCGGGCCGUGCUGGCCGCCUCCAGCCGCUACUUCGAGGCCAUGUUCAGCCACGGCCUGCGGGAGAGUCGAGACGACACGGUCAACUUCCAGGACAACCUGCACCCUGAGGUGCUGGAGCUGCUACUGGACUUCGCCUACUCCUCGCGCAUCGUCAUCAACGAGGAGAACGCCGAGUCGCUGCUGGAGGCGGGUGACAUGCUGCAGUUCCACGACGUGCGCGAUGCUGCUGCCGAGUUCCUCGAGAAGAACCUCUUCCCCUCCAACUGCCUGGGCAUGAUGCUGCUUUCGGACGCCCACCAGUGCCGCCGGCUGUACGAGCUCGCCUGGCGCAUGUGCCUGGUGCACUUUGAGGCCGUGCGGCAGAGUGAGGACUUCAACAGCCUGUCCAAGGACACCCUGCUGGACCUCAUCUCAAGUGACGAGCUGGAGGCCGAGGACGAGCGAGUGGUCCUGGAGGCUGUCCUGCAGUGGGUGAAGCACAACCUAGAACAGCGCCAGGCCCACCUGCCCGAGCUGCUCCGGGCUGUGCGGCUGGCCCUGCUGCCUUCUGACAGCCUGAAGGAGGCCGUCUCUGGCGAGGCCCUCCUGGCAGAGGAUGAGCGCACCAAGCUUAUCGUCGAUGAGGCCCUCUGCUGCAAGGCCAAGAUCCUGCAGAACGAUGGGGUGGUGACCAGCCCCUACGCCCGGCCACGCAAGGCCGGCCACACACUGCUCAUCCUAGGCGGCCAGACCUUCAUGUGUGACAAAAUCUACCAGGUGGACCACCAGGCCAAGGAGAUCAUCCCCAAGGCGUACCUGCCGAGCCCCCGCAAGGAGUUCAGCGCCUCGGCCAUCGGCUGCAAGGUCUAUGUGACAGGCGGCCGGGGUUCCGAGAACGGCGUCUCCAAAGACGUCUGGGUGUAUGACACCGUCCACGAGGAGUGGUCCAAGGCGGCGCCCAUGCUGAUCGCCCGCUUCGGCCAUGGCUCAGCCGAGCUGGAGAACUGCCUCUACGUGGUCGGCGGCCACACCUCCCUGGCCGGCGUCUUCCCAGCCUCCCCCUCGGUGUCCUUGAAGCAGGUGGAGAAGUAUGACCCCGGGGCCAACAAGUGGAUGAUGGUGGCCCCACUGAGGGAUGGCGUCAGCAACGCUGCAGUGGUGAGCGCCAAGCUGAAGCUCUUUGUUUUCGGGGGCACCAGCAUCCACCGGGACAUGGUGUCCAAAGUCCAGUGCUACGACCCCUCGGAGAACCGCUGGACCAUCAAGGCGGAAUGCCCCCAGCCGUGGCGGUACACUGCAGCCGCUGUGCUGGGCAGCCAGAUCUUCAUCAUGGGGGGUGACACGGAGUUCACCGCGGCCUCAGCCUACCGCUUCGACUGCGAGACCAACCAGUGGACGCGCAUCGGCGACAUGACCGCCAAGCGCAUGUCCUGCCAUGCCCUAGCCUCGGGCAACAAGCUCUACGUGGUGGGGGGCUACUUCGGGACCCAGCGGUGCAAGACCCUGGACUGCUAUGACCCCACCUCGGACACGUGGAACUGCAUCACCACCGUGCCCUACUCGCUCAUCCCCACGGCCUUCGUCAGCACCUGGAAGCACCUGCCCGCCUGAGGCGACCCUGCGGGCCUCAGCCAGGCUCUGGUGCUUCUCCCUUCCCCAUGGCCACAGCCCUUGACGUUACAGCAUGUCCUUCACCCGCCUGCCAGGGCAGGACACUCAGGCUGGCCCUGGACCAGCACUCUGAGUGGCCAGAGCCGACCCCACCAGCUUCAGGGGCUGUUGUGAGUUUUAGACAAGAGAAGAGAAGCCGUCUCUAGCGUUCUGUGCCCACUGAAGGCCUUUUCAGCUUUGCAAUGGUUUGCAGGGGUGAGGACCCCAGGACUCUCCCUCAGGGAGAAGAAAGCAUUUGCAGAGCUCUGAGUUCAUCUAUUUCAGCAAGUCCUGGACUGGGCCAGGGAGGGCAGAGUGGGCGUGGGGGAGAGGAGACAACUCAGAAUGGGGAGGGGCAGCACUGGGGGUGCCAAGGACCACACAGCUCUGAGGAUCCAGCCUUUCAGCCCAGCUGCCCUGUCACGGUUUGUAACAUCACCCCACAGAGGGGCCCAGGCCUCGGGGGAACAGGUCCACCAGGACUGAGAACAGAGAGUUGUCAAGAGGAAAAUCAAGGAAAGAUUUUCUAAGGGACAAAAGCCCUGUAGGGAAACCUCAGUGACAUUCACCAGGCUUCAUUCACAUGACACCCAGAUCCCCCAAGGUUCAUGGGAAAGUCUCCUUGGGGAUCUGCCCCUCAGUAACUGUGCCCCCCCCCACCCCAGGCGUUGGCCACCGAUGUUCAGUGCCCGGUCACACUGAAGGAGCUGGGGUCAGUCAGCAGGACUCAGGCCCUGGAGUGCCCUCGGGAUGGGGUACCCUGGGAGCGAUCCCAUCACCCUCCCUCCUCAGAACCCUCCCUAAGAGGCAACCGUGAUGCCACCACCUGACAGGCCAACACCUGCCCACAGCACUGGAGGCUCCUUCGGGGAGACCUGGAGUGGAUGGUGGGCUGGGGACAGCAGACCCCACCCGGGCUGGAUUUGUCUCAGCUCCCUGGGACAGCCACAUGGCCCACAGUCCUGCCCCUUGCCCCCACCCGUGGUCCUCUCUGGCUUCAUGGUCUGCUGGCUGGUAACACUGGGUCAGGACUGCCUUUGCUUCCUGAGAUCAGAAAAGUAUAGUUGGUCCCAAGGGAACCACCAAACAUUUGUCCAUUUUUUUUUCACCUCCUGAGUCCUUGGGGUCCCUCAGUAUGUCCCCAGCCCCUGAGGCUCCUACAGUGGCCACCCUGACACCUAGUGUUAGAGUUUCUGGGCUCAUACCCUGCUCACCCCAUUUGCAGGGGAUGGAGGGAGGUGCCAUAAGCUUUUGAUGCCCGCGUAGGGCACCACGCAGGUGCCACAACCCCUGGGCUUCCCAAGCAGCCACCUUUUGCAUAAUGCUGCAUGGCUAGGUAAGGAGCUGUGGCUCCACAAGGUGCUACCCUCCUUUAAGCAUUGCUGCCUGGGGAGCCCAGUUACAAACCAGAGGCUGUCUCAAAUUCCAGCCCUGCCCCUUUUCAGGUCCCUCCCCUCCAUGCUGGCCCUGUUGGCUUCCUCCACCAGGGGAAAGGGAUUGCAGGGCUGCCUGCGGCCACCGGCCACCUGAGGCAGAAGGCUGGUCUCCAGGUUCUGCAGACCCUGCCCAGAUCAGGCCCAUUCCGUUGCCGUGGGUGCUUCAUCUCAGUGCCUGCAGCCCUUGGCUCUGAUCCCAAGAGACUGCGCUGCAUUGAACUCCAGGAGGCCUGAAGGUGGGCCCUGGAGGGAGCUGCGCGGGAAGCUGACCUGCCCUGGGUGCCCUCGGCCUGUUGGAACAGCCUGGUCAAGAUAAGCACACUUCUUCACACAGCACAGAGGAUCUCGUGGUGGUGCUUUCCUCAAAGCUGUAUUGCUUUCAUCAGUUUCCUAACUUAAUAAAACAGUUGUGAAAGUC